CGAUUUUCGAAGUCGACGGUUGUGUGGCUCGCGCUGUUUGCUACGGUGCUGCUUUUUAAAUAGCAAACAGAAUUCAAAUCGUUUUAAAUACUAAAAGAAAAAUAGAAAAACAACACAGACAUACACACACAAGCACACACACAAGCACACACACAAACACACACCACACACAGUUAUAUACACAUAAACAGAACUAAGCGAAAGUAUAUGUGACAUUUUUGUAGGUAUUUUGGCUGGCCAGCCAGCAGGAGUCUGUGAGACGCAAAUAUACAGAGCGACGACAUGUCCUCAUCAUCUCCUGCUGCGGCUGCUGAACAAGAAAAUUAAUAAUAAAAUAUCAACAAAAUAUUAAUAAUAAAAACCGCAAUUAAAUCAACAGUAAUAAUAAUUCAAGGACUUCAACUGAACAUCAGUAACAGCGAAGCGAGCACAAGGAUUUGAGCCCCAUUGAGUAGCAGCAGAAAAAGAAAAUUAUCUACCAUAUAAGCAAAGCAAAAAAAAAAAAUCAUUUUUUUCGUGUGUGCGUGUUAUUGCAAAAAGAAAAAAAAAGGGCAAAAGGCGUUGCCAAAUCAAAAGCAUAAGUAAACAACAGUGCAGCCCGUAAACACAAUAAGCAAGCAAACAAUAAAUAAUAAUGAAUAAAAUAAUGUAUACCCCGUCGCAGAAUAACAAGCAAACACAACUACGAGCAUAGAGUUAAGUAAUUAAAGCAAGCGCAAGCAUAAAUUAAUCAUACGCACCGUUGAACAGCAAGCAAAUAAACAUUUUUAAAGGCACGCACAUUGUGAAAAAGCGCAGACCACACACAUACCAAAAAGGCUGCAUUAAUAAUACACACAACAAUCAUAUAGCAUAUAGCAGUAGGAUAAAAGCAUUAUAAAGAACUCGGCACAUCAGGCGCACACUGGCUCUUCUAUUAUUUAACUAGUACCUUCAACAACGAAUCAACGUUCAACCUAACGAAAGCUGAUUGAAAGCCGCCGUUCAACCACACAGCAGCAUCCGUUGAGCGAGAGUCGCAGCAGCGCGUCGAAGCGAGCCAGCAACAGUGCGAGAGGCGAGAGAGAGAGAGCGAGAGCGAUUGAGAGUGUGACGACGUCAAUCCGCUCAAUAUUUAUAUUGCACGCGACCAAAAUCCAUGCUCAUACUCUAUAGCUAAAGCUCAGACGCAGACGCCACCAGGGUCCUGGGUCUCCUGUCUUACACACACGCACACACACACAGAGAGAUACUCAACAGCAGCAACAUCAAAAUAAAUAACAUCUGACAGCUGCUGCUGUUGCCACUGUGUCGCAGCAGCUCGAGUCUCGCACAUGAACAGAGGAGGACUAAACUAAGCAAUAUCACAAUAUAAAUACAAAUACUAAAUACUCUAAACGUUAACUACAAUCAAGCGCAGCCACUAACUAGCAAUAAGGCUGCGGCUAUAACCAACAGAUAAAUAACACAAGCCUAACAACAAACUCUAUCAAAACACGCGAUGGGUGCCAAGGAAAGUGUCGAGGCAGCCGUUAAAAUGAAUGCCGAUGGCUGGGGCCACGUGGAGCGCGGUAGUCGCUACCACGGCCAUCGGCAUAAUCAACGUUCGCAGUCGCUGAAUCGCGGCCAGGCCCUUUCCCAGGCGGACGUAAGCGGCAUGUGGUGACAUCGGGGUGCCUCUGGUAAAGGAGCUGCGUCGGGCUGUGCUAAUUGCGCCAUGGGCAAUAAACUAAGCUGUUCGUGUGCCCCGCUGAUGCGCAAGGCCUAUCGCUAUGAGGAU